CAACGGGCGGGUAUCAUCUAGUUCGAAGAAAUUCUUCCUCUGUUGCCCGUUUUGCCCAAACACCAUCGUCUCCGCUCUUCUCCGACGAGGUACACAUUCCGUUUCCCCUCUGCUCCGCUCCCCCACCUACCCUGCCCAGCAGCGCCAGCGACGGCAAACCCACCGAUGGACGCAACCGAGCGCCGCCUCCGCGCCGUCUCCGCCCACCUCCAGCCCCAAGCAACCGCCGCCCGCCGCACCUCCGAUAGCCUCGCCCCCAAUCCCACCGCAGGAGAGUACGCCCACGUGCUUGGCUACAGCGCUGUCCUCCCCGAGAAGUUGCAGACUGGAAAAUGGAACGUGUACCGAUCUGCACAUUCACCUAUAACGCUGAUAGAUAGAUUUUCAGACUACCCAGACAUUGGGACGUUGCACGAUAACUUUGUAAAUGCAGUUGAGACUUUCAGAGACUGUAGAUACCUAGGUACAAGGGUCCAUGCAGAUGGAACAAUUGGAGACUACAAAUGGAUGACUUAUGGAGAAGCUGGCACAAGCAGGACUGCAAUAGGUUCUGGUCUUAUUUGUCAUGGAAUACCUAAAGGCGCACGUGUUGGUCUGUAUUUUAUAAACAGACCUGAGUGGACCAUAGUUGACAAUGCUUGUUCUGCGUAUUCAUAUGUUUCUGUGCCACUAUAUGAUACUCUUGGUCCAGAUGCAGUUCAGUUCAUUGUGAAUCAUGCAUCAGUAGAGGCUAUCUUCUGUGUUCCUCAAACACUAAGCACUUUGUUAAGCUUUAUAACUCAAAUGCCUUGUGUGCGCCUUAUCGUGGUAGUUGGUGGAAUCGAUGAGAAUAUGCCAUCUUCACCUGCAGCUGCUGGAAUGGAAAUCAUAACCUACUCCAUGCUACACAGACAGGGACAUAUGAGUCCCCAACCCUUUCGGCCUCCAAAACCUGAAGAUGUUGCCACUAUCUGCUACACUAGUGGCACUACUGGCACACCAAAAGGAGCUGUUCUUUCUCAUGCGAAUUUCAUUGCAAAUGUAGCAGGCCAGGACUUGGGCGUUAAGUUUUACCCCUCGGACGUGUACAUCUCAUAUCUACCUUUGGCACACAUCUACGAGAGAACUAACCAAAUAUGGCUCGUUCAUCGCGGUGCUGCCGUUGGGUUCUACCAAGGGGAUAAUUUGAAGCUGAUGGAUGAUCUUAAUACUCUGAAACCAACAGUAUUUGCGAGUGUUCCCCGGUUAUAUAACAAAAUUUAUGCUGCAAUUACAAAUGCUGUGAAGGAGUCUGGUGGGUUGAAAGAACAAUUAUUUCAUGCUGCAUAUAAUGCUAAGAGGCAAGCUAUUAUUAAUGGUAAGGAAUUGGUUAAAGAUUCUUUUGUUCCGUCACAUAUAUAAGUAAAAAGCUUAAAU